AUGGAGUUAUUGAAUAGUAAUAGCCGUGAAUUGGAGGAGCAUUGGGUGGAUUUAAAGCGCCAACGAGAGUAUUUCGCCAGACAUAACGGUAGAUUAGAAGUACAAGGACAUGAAGCUAAAGUCCAUGCUGUUGGUUGGAGUUGCUGUGGAACUAGACUUGCUACUGGCUCAUUUGAUAGGACUGUCUCUAUUUAUAAUGUUGAUAAUGAAACAGCGAAAGUUGUAGCAAAUUGUAAAGGUCAUGACGAAAGCGUUGAUCAGUUGUGUUGGCAUCCACAUAAUCAAAAUCUGUUAAUUACUGCAUCUACUGACAAAACUGUGAAAAUGUGGGACGCUCGAAUUAAUAGAUGUGUACAUAGUAAAACAACGAAAGGAGAAAAUAUUAAUGUUACUUGGAGUUCCGAUGGGAAAUCUAUUGCUAUCGGCAAUAAGGAUGAUCUCAUAACUUUUAUUGAUGCGGAAAGUUUCGAAAUUGUUAAAGAACACAGUUGUAAGAUAGAGGUCAAUGAGAUUUCUUGGAAUCGAUGUAGCGAUUUAUUUUUUAUGUCCAAUGGUCACGGCUGCAUAGAUAUUUUAAGAUACCCUGAUCUAGAAUUUGUACAGUCUCUGAAAGCUCAUCCCGCUAAUUGUAUUUGUCUUAAAUUUGAUUUAACUGGAAAGUACUUUGCUACUGGGAGUGCUGACGCCUUGGUUUCUUUGUGGGAUACUGACGAACUUGUUUGCUUGAGAACUUUCUCGCGUUUAGACUGGCCCGUCAGAACUGUUAGCUUUAGCUAUGAUAGUAGACUUUUGGCAUCAGGAUCAGAGGAUCUCGCUAUUGAUAUUUCGCAUAUUCAAACUGGUGAACAUGUUGCUGAAGUUGGUUGUAAUGCUCCAACAUUUGCUGUCGCAUGGAGUCCUAAUAAACCAUUACUAGCGUUUGCUUGUGAUGACAAGGACAAGCAUGAUCGAGAUGCUGGCACUGUUCAAAUAUAUGGAUUAUCAUCACGUAAAUAA